AUGCAAACUCUUAAGUGUGUUGUUAUAGGUGAUGGUGCUGUCGGUAAGACGUGUCUUCUAAUUUCAUACACAACUAACCAGUUUCCAGCCGACUACGUUCCAACCGUUUUCGACAAUUAUGCUGUUACGGUGAUGAUUGGCGAUGAGCCAUACACGCUAGGUCUUUUCGAUACAGCUGGUCAAGAAGAUUAUGAUAGAUUAAGACCGUUAUCAUACCCAUCAACAGACGUGUUCUUGGUUUGUUUCAGUGUUAUAUCUCCUCCUUCUUUUGAGAACGUAAAAGAAAAAUGGUUCCCAGAAGUACAUCAUCAUUGUCCUGGUGUUCCAUGUUUGAUUGUGGGUACUCAGAUAGAUUUAAGAGAUGAUAAAGUGAUUAUUGAAAAACUACAGAGACAAAGGCUUCGUCCUAUCACUCCAGAGCAAGGUGAAAGGUUAGCCAGAGAGCUUAGAGCCGUAAAAUAUGUUGAAUGUUCGGCUCUUACCCAGCGUGGUUUGAAAAACGUUUUCGACGAAGCUAUUGUUGCUGCUCUGGAACCUCCAGUCAUUAAAAAGAGUAAAAAAUGUAUUAUAUUGUGA